GAGCAAUCCAAAUCUGUGUGUUUCGGUGUUGGCACUGGCUGCUGACGAGUACCGAAAUUAUUCACCACUAAGACCAUAUUACCGAUUCAAUAUCCUUCAAGACACCUCACAUCUACGUCACUCCCCGUUCUCGAUCUUUGAUAGAUCGGCGAUGAAUCGAAUUGAUAGUGUUGCGGGUUCCUAUCUACCCAAGAUACCCAGCCAAGAACCACUGUGCAACAACAACACCAUACGGCAUAGCAAACAUCACAAAAAUAAGGUCGAAUCGAUCCCCUCCUUCCAGGUUGCAGACAUGGAGCCACGACGACCAGUAUCAGAGCAGCGCUCACGACCGUUACGACAACAGUCAACCACAUCAUCAGAAAACUCGAACAAUAGAUCAAAGAGCCGUGGCCAUGGCUCAAAGCCCUCCUCGCGACGCACUUCUUGUACCAUUGUGGACCCAUCAAGACCUGCGCGCCACUACCGAGUGAAGAGUUUCCAAACACCCCCCGCCACCACAACCAGUCAAGACGUUGACGAUGUCCUUGCCCUGCACUUUCGCAGUUGCAGCAUCUUCUCGAACCCAUCCUACCAAUCAAACUCUGGUCUCCCAAGCCCAUCACUGUCUCAAGGCGACGCAUUCGGUUUUCCCAGCGCCGCAACGCGUUUCAGUUCAGACAGUCUGCGCGUAGUGGAAGAAACAUCCAUGCACCGCCAAAGCGAAGACACAAUUGACGCAGAGAAGACCAACACAACCAUGCACUGGACGUCACCAUGCACGCGAAAACGCGAGUACGAAAGAAUCGACAAAGCCAACAGCGGUCUACGAGGUUUCUUCCGCAAAGUAACGCCACGAUGUGUGUCCGGCACCCACGAGAAGUUUUACGAGAAAGAUCAGUCAGAUGCUGGAUCUGUGCGACGUUAUCGCAUGGACGAUUUGGAUGACGCGCAUAUAAAUGAGAAGCACAGUACGCGGCCGCGGACGAGUCCUACACCUAGGCCAAACUCGAGACCUGGCAUGAAGAAGCGGUGGACGUGCUUCUAGAUGAAAAGAGGAGAGAAGGAGGGAGAGAGAGAGAGAGCAAGAGUGACAUUACGCAGCUACGAUUUUGGCAUAUUUGCGCAGCAUUGAGAAUAGGCGUUUGCUAUAUCACGAUACCCACGGCAUGUUUGUUUUCGCGAGCUUGGUGCUUUUGAAUCAGAGAGAACGCAUUAUACCACUACGUCCAUAGAGUAGAAUUUUGUCGUAAUUUAUAGUUUUGCAUUGAUCCUGUGGUAGUCUUGCUGGUGUGGUGAUUGAA